AUGUCUUCAAAGCCGAUCUUCAUUCUUCUCGGAUGUCUGGUCACGCUGAGUGUCUCUAUCAAGCAUGAAGCGGAUGGUAGUAUGACGCACGAUCACAAAGGGCUUCGCUCUUACCGCAGUGCUCAAAUGAAUGAGAUUGAAGAGCUCAGAAGAGAAGUUCGCGAUCUUGUCGAGUCUAUCCGUGGUCAAUGGAAGAACAAUUCAGAAACAGAUGUUGGAGUUAACUCAAGGAACGAACCACACGACGUUGGCAAGAACGAAAAGAGGCAAUUCCCUUCAACCCUCAGUCAUUUCGACGAGACUUCAACGCCAACUGUUCCUUCGAAAACCCCAUCCCAUCAUCGCCUCUACACACCUAUCCCCUUCCUCGUUCAAAUGAAAGUGCAGCUGAAUGGAAUAAGGUGUUGCUUCAAGCCAAAUCCCACGAUAUUUUCGAUCAAACAAUGCAGCCGAUUCCCAAGGACUUUGUGGACUGGCAGAAUCAGUAGUAGAUCAACGAAUGAUACUCAUCUGUUCAUCCGGGCAAUUUCUACACGACCCCAUAAAAAAGCUUUUUGUAUCAUUGUCGUGAAA